AUGGAGACUGAAGGGAUUGGGUUUGAGAAAAAGGUUUUAGAGAUUAUGAGGAUCAGAAAGAGAUCAAAGGUGGCAGAGAAAAGCUGGGAUGAGUCAAAGAAGAUGUGGCAUAUAGCAGGGCCUGCAAUUCUAACUGCAGUUACUCAAUUCUCUAUUGGAAUUGUGAUGGUUGCGUUCGUCGGCCAUCUCGGGCUAGUCGAGCUUGCUGCUGUCUCUGUUGUUCAGAAUGUCAUUGAAGGCUUUGUAUAUGGGGUCAUAUUUUUCAGACAGGUUAAUGCCUUUGUUAUUCCAGAUAUGGUCUUGCAAAUUGCACUGAGAUUACAACAUUUUCUUACGUCUCCAAAAGAAGGGUGCAUUUCUGGCUUUCCUUCUGCUGCAUUUGCUGGAGCUGUUCUUGUCUCCAAACCAACACAGACGUCUUGUUCCUCUGUUUCUUCAUCAAGAUUCAACAAUUCUACGAUACACUCUCCAAAGUUUUCCAGCCUACCUCUGGUGGGUAAUUGUAGGAGGAGAACCAGGUUGGGAGCUUCUAAAAUUGAAGAGGAAGUUGGUUUUGAUGGUGGGAAGAAAGAUAAGGAAAAUAAAUUCCGUGAUCAGGAUGACGAAGAUGAACCGAUACUAAUGGAUGAAGAAGAAAGACGGGAAUGGAGAAAGACAAUUAGAGAGGAAGACCCUGACUGGCCAGAUGAUGCAGAUGGGUGGGGCUUCAACUUAGGUCAGUUCUUCAACAAUAUCACAAUCAAGAAUGUCAGGAAAGAUGAUGAUGAGAACUAUGAUAGUGACAAAGAAUUGGUUUGGCAAGAUGAUAAUUACAUUCGUCCAAUAAAAGAGGAAUGGGAAGAAACUGUAUUCAAGGACAUCAGUCCUCUGAUCAUUCUGGUUCACAAUCGAUAUAAAAGUUUUGCUCUCUAUCGUUCUGGUCUGUCCAUGGCAUUCAAUGAUGGAUUCUGUGAAAACUAUCUUAUCUUGAAGCCAGAAGAAGCAAGUUUCUUUGAUCUCUUCCACCUCUUAUUUGCCAGUAACUUAGAAAUCAAAAAAAGAUUUCUAAAAUGUCAGGAAGGCACUAAACUAGCCGAUGAUCAUCAUCAACAACUUCGAUGGCUCAUCUUUAUUUCUCUUCUCUCACAAAAGAUUCUCCUCUUAUCAGCAAAACCCAUGUCUUGGAUUGGUUCAAUGUUAGAGCAGUGGCUGAACCUUCUGUCUUGUAAUGACAGUUUCACCAAACUUUUGUUCAAUUUCAUUUCAGGAAAUGUUGUGAUGCAUCUUGAUAAUUCAUCAGCCACUUACACGUCAAUAAUUGGAAAUUUGGAUAGAAGAGUGGAAUUAGACAAGAACAUCAAACAUGGAGACAGCAGAUAUUACGGGGCACUCUCUAUGAUGGCCUCUAAACUUGUCUAUGAGAACAAAGCCUUUGUGCACAACGUCGUCACAAAUCACUGGAAGAUGAAGUUCUUAGGCUUCUACAAUUUUUGGAAUGAUUAUCAACAAAAAAAGACAACACAGGCUUUCAUGUUCCAAGAUGAAGAGGCUAACCCAGAAAUUAUUGUAGUGGCUUUUAGAGGAACUGAACCAUUCAAUGCAAAUGAUUGGAUUACUGAUGUUGAUAUCUCCUGGUAUGAGCUCCCAGGUUUGGGUAAGAUCCAUGGUGGCUUCAUGAAAGCUUUAGGGCUACAAAAAAAUCUAGGAUGGCCAAAGGAGCUAGAACAAGGGGAGAACCAUUCCCCUGUUGCUUAUUAUGCAAUCAGGGAAAUGCUGAGAGACAUGCUGGGAAAGAACAAGAAAGCAAAAUUUAUUGUGACUGGACAUAGCUUGGGGGGUGCACUAGCUAUUCUUUUCCCAUUGAUAUUGUCAUUACAUGAGGAAUCAUGGAUAUUGGAGAGGUUAGAAGGAGUUUAUACAUUUGGGCAACCUAGAGUAGGAGAUCAGAAGCUUGGAGAAUAUAUGAAGAAACAAUUGAAGGUGUAUGGUGUGAGAUAUGCAAGGCUUGUCUAUUGUAAUGACAUGGUUCCUAGGUUACCUUAUGAUGACUCUACUCUCUUGUUUAAGCACUUUGGGACAUGCAUCUAUUAUAAUAGCAUCUAUGAAGCCAAGAUUGUGCAAGAGGAACCAAACAAGAAUUACUUCUUUAUAUUGGAGGGAAUUGCCAAGUACUUAAAUGCAAUGUGGGAGCUGAUUAGAAGCUUCAUAAUUCCAUACAUGAAGGGCCCAGAUUAUGCAGAAGGAUGGAGUUUGAGAAUGUUUAGGGUUAUUGGAUUGGUAAUCCCAGGAUUAUCAGCUCAUUCAACUCAAGAUUAUGUAAACUGCACCAGAUUGGGUUCCUCAUUUCCAUCCCUCCAACUCCAAGACGACGCAAUAAAACCAAGGAAGAUAAUCCUGGGUAACAUGAAUUAA